AUGGCAUCAUCUAGUUUUCAGCCAGAACAGUUGUUCGAGAUCAAUUUGGCGGAGGAGGAUGAAAGUGAAUUGGCUAUCCAGGAGGGUGAUCUCGCAACAGAGAAUGAGUGCGAAUUUAACUGGAGAUUGAGUUUGGUUGGUCGUUUCAUUGCCACAGGAUCUGUGGAUUUCCCGUCAAUGCAGCAAACACUUGCUGCCAUUUGGAAACCGGGGAAGGGAGUGUACAUGAAGGAACUCGACACAAACAGGUUUUUAUUCCAGUUUUUUCAUGAAAUAGACAUCAAGCGUGUCAUUGACGGAAGCCCAUGGUUUUUCAACCGGAAGGCUCUUGUGAUUGCCCGUAUGGAGAGUGAUUAUAACCCCCGCCUGAUUUCUUUGAACUCUCUUGAUCUUUGGGUUCAAGUAUUCGAGCUGCCAACGGGUUUUAUGUCAUCCAGAAUCCUAGAGGCGAUUGGUGGUUUUAUUGGUAAGUUUAAGGAAUCUUGCCCUAAGAACUUUAUGGGAGUAUGGCGUGAUUAUAUGCGUAUUCGUAUCUCUGUUGAUCUGAACAGUCCGCUCAAGAGAAGAAUGCGACUCCGUAAAGGGAAUAAUGAGUGGAUCUGGGUCACUUUCAAGUAUGAGAAUGUUCCGACCUUUUGUUUUAUCUGUGGGAAGAUUGGUCAUUCUGACAAGUUUUGCCCAAAGCGGUUUGAAAUGCCAGAGGAAGACAUAGUUCAUCCAUAUGGCGAGUGGAUGAGGGCUCCUUUCCGUCGUCAGAACAAACUCAUAGGACAACAAUGGCUGAGGAGUAGCUGGAAAGAGGAUGAGGCACCACAACCAGAGGUGCGGCCGCCCAUAGACCUGACUUCAAGCUUCACCGGCGCAAGGGAGGGUAUCACGCACAAUCCAGAUCCUCCUUCGUUGAAUCACUGCAACCAGAUCCUUCCCAUGAAUCGUGGGGUGGAGUUAAUGGGUAGUUAUGGGCCAGUUUUCAACCAUGGUCAACCGUCCACUAAUUCCUCUAAUAAUGGGGAAGAUUCAUGCAAUCAAUAUGGAGUGGAUUUUAAUGGCUCGUUGGUUAUAGAAACAAAGAAAAGAAGGGAAAAUCCUGAGUUGGGCCCUAGUGUUCAAGUGGGCCAGGAAAUUCAAGUAAAUCCUGAAUCAGAUGGAGAUGAGCCCAUGGCAUUAUAUUCUAAUUCGGAUGGCAGCCCAAAAAACUUCAUUACGGCAGGGCCCGUUUCACGGUCCCGCCAAGAAUCAUGA